UUUCGUUUUCAGUCGAACAUCAGAAGCAGUGGCUGCUUUGGUAGUGCGUGUGUGCAUUCAGGUGCAAAAAGCAGUCAGUGUAGUAGCCUUACACAUCAAAACAUUUGCAAUAUCUUUUUUUUCUCAUUUCAUCGUCCUUGCGCUAGCACAAGGAAGUUUUCUCAUUACAUCCUGCACUACGAGUGUUGUAACUGUGCGUGGCAGAAGGGAAAACGCCAAGAAACCAUACGUGAGAGAUUUCAGAGGAAAAAUAUUCUGUAUUGUUUUUUCGAUUCGAAACAGUAUCGAUUUUUGCAAUGAUUGCUUGUGGAAUAGAGGAAAGAGUGAGUCGAUUUUAAAAAAGAUUCAAUCGAGUAGAAUUUCAACUCGUAAGUGAAAGCAUUGAAGUUUUGGGAAAGUGGUGCGCUAAAUGGAAACAGUAAAUAUUGUGGAAGAGUUUGUAGAAGAGCAGAACAGUAGCAGGCAGUAGGCGGUGAACAGGAUGUUCACUCGACUGAGAAAUCGUGUGCUGACCGUGGUCGGACCGGACAUUCCCGCUUUGCCAUCGAGCGGUGGAAGCAGUGGAGGAAGCAGCGGAGUGGCACACCACGGAGGCCGCGAUGAUCACGGAGGAAAAGGCAACCUCCCGGAAAAGUUCCGUUACGCGCGGCCCCAAUUUCUGCAGCUGCUGACCUAUGAUGAGCUGAAGGCAAGCGCCGAUCAUAACGUACGACCGAUUAUCGUACCACGCGACCUGUCCCUGCUACCGUGGAAUACCGGCUAUGCCGAGUGCGUCAAUUCGGGUAAAUCAGAAUGGAACGAAGAUCAGGCAGCCUUCCACCGGCAGGUUCUGUCGCAUCCGUCAAAGCAGUAUCAGGAUUUACCGUACACCUAUUUCGGCAUUUACGACGGUCAUGCCGGCUAUGGUGCCGCGCUGGCCGCUUCUAAUCAAUUUCAUCAUAUCUUGCACGAGAAGUUAGUUGAUAUAAUUGACCUGCUGAUGCCGCGGGUUGAAGGCAACGGGCCUGCCUCCUCUGGGGUUGGAGUUGGGCUGAAUGCAAUCUUGCCCCAUCCAAUUUUGUUUCACAAACAGGUCUCCAAAGAUGAACUAAUCGUGGGGGCCUUGGAAGCAGCAUUCGCCGAUAUGGAUGCUCUACUGGCGGAAGACCGCGACAAGUACCGAAACGCUGGUGGUUGUACUGCUCUAGUAGCGCUAUUUAUACUCGGGAAACUCUUUGUAGCAAAUGCUGGCGACUCACGGGGAGUGCUGUGUAAGCGAAUAAGCAAGCAGAAGCUGCCAAACAUUCGACCCCCAAGCGUUCACGAGGAAAGUUUGAACGGAGAACUCGCCACAGAAGAAGAAGUGGAUGAUGGUUACGUAGUUUAUGCUGAACCUUGCUCAUUCGAUCAUACUCCAGAAACAGAACGCCCCAGACUUCUGUCGGUUGGAAAACUCAACCCCAACUUAAUGGGAGGUGAGUACGUGGCUAUGGAGUACGCAAAGAAACCAAUGACAAAGGACCUGGGUACUCGAAUCCUUUACCGACAAGGUACUAUGAAAGGCUGGACCUACAAAACUUUGACAAGGAGCGACCUUAAAAUGCCUAUUGUAACUGGCGAAGGUAAGCGUAGUCGGCUACUAGGAACUAUUGGGGUUACUCGUGGUUUCGGUGAUCACGAUUUGAAGGCUCUCGGUAGUGGUCUACCAAUUAAACCAUUCCUCAGCUGUCAUCCAGACGUAAUUUGUGUCGAUCUCAGUGCAAUAGAGAGCGAUCCUGACGCGGAUAACUGUGAUUUUGAAUAUGGCGUUCUGGUUUUGGCAACCGAUGGCCUUUGGGAUGUGACCUAUUCGCAGAAGGUGGCAAACACUGUAUUUACUACCUUGAAAAAAUUCCCCACUGAGCGGCACAGGUAUACGAUGGCCGCUCAGGAGUUAGUCGCAAAAUCACGAGGCCGCGCAAAUAUCAAUGGACACUGGCGACUGUCGGACUCCCGGGCAGCCGCCACCGUUGAUGAUAUAUCCGUUAUUGUAAUUCCAGUUUACCAGUACUAUCUGGAGUACCUUGAGUGGAAACGAUCGCUCCAGCGACGGAAGUUGUCUUCGGAGGUGAUCGCAGGUAGCACAAACGCCGGUGUGGGAAGCACCGGUGUGCAGCAAACCAGUGAAGAACACCGCAGCUCCUCGUCCGAUUCCGAUCUUCUUGAGGUUGAUAGUGUUUUCCAGGAUCCUCUGCCGAUGAGCGGCGUGGUAGCCGCUACGAGUGACGACACUAUCCUAGAUGCUGUUACCAAGUAGAACGUACUGAAGCCGAUACGUUCCGAUAGAUUUUCGACUUAAUUACGUUCCCCCAGGAUGUAUGCUUUCUACGAUUUCCGACGUGAUUUUAUUUUAUUCCAAUUUCGAAACGAAAAAGUACUAAUUAUACUUGCUUCUUAGGUCUCUAGAACAAAGUCUAGAUAAUGUUUUGGAGAAUCAUGAAAAUAGCACUACCAUAGAACUACGUCCUAACUAUUAUCACUAGUACCAUGCUGCGUUAUACAACCGGUUAGCUGCAGUUGAUCAAUUGAAAACAAUAAAAAUAGCAAAAUAUAAGUUUAUUUAAAUCCUUA